AUGGUGCUGUGGUUUGUUUGCCGAGCUUACUGUCAGCCUGGGGGUUGGUCUGGCCAGCCGAGGAAGCGGGUGCGCUUGCAACUGUCUGAUGCGGGCAUAGCCACAGCCAGACAAGAAGCCCAGCUCCUGUGGCAGCUAAGUCAGGAGAGCGUGGGUAUUCUACAAUGUUUUGCCUUCCGCAUGGUCCCAGAACCAGUGCUCACCCUGGAACUUUUGCUUGAGUUUGCACCACUGGGAGACCUUUGUCGCCGUCUACGUUUGUGCAAAGAGGCAGUUCCAGACCAUGGGCUUCCAAAGGCAGAAGUGGUGGCGUACACGUAUGAUGUGGCACAAGGGCUUUCAUUUCUGCAUGGGCUGCGCCCUAAAAUCUUCCACAGAGAUGUGAAGCCCGCGAACAUCAUGCUGUGCUAUCCCGAAAGCUCUGUGACUCGAGCUUGUCCUCGAGCGAAGCUCGCUGACUUUGGUGUGGCCAAGGUGAUGGAAUCAGAGGCCUCAACCGCAGGGACUGCCACCUUCAUUGGGACUCCGCAUUACUUGUCCCCUGAAGUCUUCAGUGGUGACACCUAUGACGAGAGAGCUGAUGCAUGGGCAUUGGGCUGCGUCCUCUACGAGAUGAUGUGCUUUUGCCGCCCGUUCCAUUUUGCCGAGACCAAUGUGGCCAUCAUGGCCUUGCGCAUUUCACAGGGGCAUUAUGAUAGGGAGCGACUCUCCCAAGCGAUGGGUCGCUACCCAGAAGGUCUUCUGCAAACUGCGGAAGGCCUGCUGCGGCUCGAGCUGUCGGAGAGGCUUCGAGCAAUUGAUUUGGUGGAAAGUUUGGGCUCUUUUGGCUUUCUGGAUGAGGCGCGUGCCGAGUCUCCUCUUCCAAGUUGCUGGGACCCCUUGCCCAUUGAUGGAGCUGGAACUUCGUCUGAAGUAAGGCUUGAUACCGACAGUUGGCACGGAGCACAUGUCGCAUCCGACAGCAGCAGCACACAGCUCCUUGCCGUGCUGGAAGCAAGCGAAAGUCCCUACACGCUUGGGCAUUUGAAUGAUCCCAUCUAUGGGGAGGUGCUGACGCUUCCGGCACUUCAUCAUGACUCUCGUUUGGGAGGUUUGGACAUACUGGACACACAGUAUGGCUCUGGAUUGCCUGGUUUGGAUGGGGUGGCUCGACCGGAUGACAUGUUGGUCGGCAUCUUGAUGCUGAUCGCUCAGCUGAAGUCCUCGGGCAGGCCUGUGAACUAUGGUGAGUUUCGCCCACGGUGCUUAAGUGGAAGCGAAGGCCUAUUGGCAUCGACGGCCUCGGGAAAGCUGGGUGGUGCCACUCGAGCUGCAGGUUCUUCGGAACCUUCUGGAUCUCCAACUGCAGGCUCCCCCCGAACGAAGAGCGCUUCUGACAGAUUCCCUGGCAGAAAUGAAGCGAAGGUCUUUGCAAACAACAACAGCUACAGUGGGACUUGGCUAGAUGGCCGUAUGCAUGGAGAUGGGCUCUACGUUUGGAACGAUGGCACAGAGUAUGCCGGAGAGUUCCGGAAUGGGCAGAUCUGGGGACAAGGUGAAAAGCGGUGGCCCAAUGGAAGAAGAUACUCUGGAGAGUGGGUGCAGGACAUGAUGUGGGGAAGUGGCGAGAUGACGUGGCCAUCGGGUGAGAAGUACACCGGGCAGUUCUGCAAAGGCCUUUUCCAUGGUCGAGGAACUAGAUGUUUGUCCAAUGGCGACCGGUACACCGGCGAGUUCAGAUACGGGGAGCAGGAAGGUGAUGGAAGCUUCGAGAAUGCAAAGGAAGGCUGGACCUACGAUGGCCACUGGAGGCAUGGUCUCAUGUGGGGUGAUGGACGGAUGACAUGGCCAAAUGGUCUUCUUUAUGUUGGGGAGUGGAUGAACGGAGCACAGCAUGGCACAGGUCGUUUGACCUGGCCGGAUGGUGCCUGUUACCAGGGGCAGUUUGUCAAUGGCCACUUGGAAGGACAUGGCCGAAAAACCUUUCCGGAUGGAUCUUGGUUUGAAGGUAGCUUCAAAGGAGGAGAGUUUGAAGGUCGAGGUACCUUUCACUAUGCGGACUCCACAGAGUUUGAGGGGCUUUGGGAGAAGUCUGCUGUGCUAGGGCCUGGAACCCAUCGAUUCCCAGAUGGGACCAGCAUCACUGGUGAUUUUUCCGGCGCCAUUGGAGAAGGAACAAAGACCUGGGCCAGUGGCUGCACAUAUCGAGGGCGGUUGCUACACAACCAGAUCCACCACUAUGGUGUGUUCAAAUGGCCCGACGGCCGUUGCUACGUUGGUCACUUCAGAGAUGAGGCAAUGCACGGAGUAGGAACCCUGAAUUGGACCGAUGAUCACGGAGCUUGUUCCUACAAGGGGUAUUUUGAAGACAACCUAUUCCAUGGCCAUGGUUCGUUGGAGUUUGCCACUGGUGCCCAGUACGAAGGUGACUUCAGGCUUGGACUCUAUGAUGGAAAAGGCAGAUUCAAUUGGCCUGGGGGUAGUUUCUACCAGGGCAACUGGUCUGGUGGAAAGAUGCAUGGUCGGGGUGUUCUAUGUUUUGCCAGUACCGAAGGUGCAAAGGAGUCCUUCGUUUAUGUUGGGGAGUUUGUGCAUGGGGAGCUUCAAGGAUGUGGGGCAGUGAUGCUUCCGCGAGAAGAUGGCCUCAUGGAUGAAUAUCUUGGAGAGUUUGAGAUGUCAGAAUGCCAAGGUCACGGGGUCCUUACUGCAGCCCAGGGCAGCUGCAGAGCUGCUGGGCGCUUUGGGCCCGAUGGCCUGGUGGGCGAAAAGGUUCUUCCAUCUGGAGAGGUCUUCCUUGGGGAGACCUCGAGGGAUGGUCCCAACGGGCCGGGCUGCAUGCAGAUGGGAGAUGAAUGCGUCGCAGGAUUCUGGCGUGAUGGCAAGCGUGAACGCUGGCUGGAGGAUAUCCCUGCAGACCCCAUCUCAAACGCGGCAAGGGUCUUUACUGAUGUUCGGGAGGACUCCGUCGCCAGUCCCCGCAGGAAGAACGACGGCGUUAUGCUUGCCAUGUUGCCUUCCGGCGAUGCCUAUGUUGGCUUUGUGGAGGCUGGGCAAAAGCAUGGCUCCGGGAUGUUUGUGUACAGGGAUGGCUCCGCCUUCAAAGGACAUUGGCUGCAAGAUUCUUUGGAUGGUGUUGAACACCCCCGAAAGGCACCAACGAGUGAAGCCGAAGCCUCCGGUGCUGGAGGCGAGGCUGUUGAAGAACAACAGCCUGAACUGGAUGAAGGACCCGCUGCAGAGUGA